CGUUUGCUGACGCGAUGGAAAAGUUGGUGCGUUUUGUUUUUUCGUAUGUUGUUGGUUGAAUUUCGGCGAUCUCGGGCUAUUAUAAAUAGUGACCGCCGGCCGGUGGAACAGUAUCAGUCAACGUUUAGUUCUCACUAUCGAACAGUGUUCGUAAGCCAGUGUCACUUCAAGACCUCAACACCAACCACCACCAACAUUAGCAUCAUGAACUCCAUCGUUGCCGCAGUCAUCCUUUCCGUCGUCGUCGUUGGUGCCAUGGCCGACUACCCAGCUCCGGCCAAGUACGAGGCACCCGCCAAGGGAGGUUACCACGCACCCGCCCCCCAUUACGCCCCUGCUGCCCACCACGGAGGAUACGCUCACCACUCUGCCCCGGUUGUCCACGCUUACGCCGCCAAGGCCCCACAUGUCAAGUGUGGCGCUAACCUGCUGGUCGGAUGUGCCCCCAACGUAGCCCAUGUGCCAUGCGUCCCAGCCCACCACGGUGGAUACCACGCAGCCCCCGCUCACCAUGCCUACGCUGCCCCGGCUCACCACGGAUACGCCGCACCCGCCCACGGAUACCGCUCCUUCUCCGAGGCUGACCAGGCGUCCGCUUUCGAGCUGGAGGACUAA